CUUGUUAUUGGGGGAUCGGGACUAGUUGGAUCCCAUUUUAUUCACGAGGCCCAAAAUUCUAUAAUGGUGAGCAAGAUAACUGUGAUUUCCCGGAGAGACGCACUGUUCUUCAAGCAGUUCGACAAAGUUAAUCUUAUUAUUGAGACCGAGCCAUUACUCUGGUGUAAGUGGAUCCAAGGCUUGGGCCAAAUCGAUGUAUUGUUCUCGGCGUUGGGUGCAACACGAGGAGACGCUGGUACUAUAUCAGCACAGCGGGCGGUUGACUAUGAUUUGAACAUGAUGGUGGCUCAGCAGGCAAAGUUGAAGGGAGCAAAGGUGUGUGUACUCGUUUCUUGCUUCAACAAUCCGAUAAUCAGUAGAAUCUUCAAAUACUUUGCGUUGAAAAAACAGGUUGAAGAGGGAAUAUGCUCGCUCAAGUUUGAUUCGACGGUGAUCCUCCGACCUGGGCCCCUAGUUGGACACAGGGAGCACACAACACCCAAUCACACAAUGAGAAGUAUAUUGUCGACACUAAUAGCAGAAUACACAUACAAGACUCCUUUCAGUUGUCUCGUUGGUGGAUCCAUCAACGCCACAGAGGUUGCAGCUGUGGGUAUGUUCAUGAUCGAGACGAGUAAAUAUCUGAAGCUGCAGAGAAUCAUUUCGAGUUCAGAAAUGAUACAGCUAUGUGAUGCAUUGGACUCUAUA